AACGGAACGCCGCCAGUAAGCCAGUUGAAGUGAUGCACACUGUGCCUACAGACACGCCGCGUUACCUGUCCUGAACACUCAAAUAUUCCAUCAAGACUAAUUUCCAAUUCGGAAAUUGAAUGUGAUUAGUACACAAGUGUUAAUAGGAGAUGUGAAAACGCUAGCGCUUCAAAAUUGAGGCAGUUUAGUGCCACACCAGGGCGCGUUCAUCGACACCCCAGUAGACCAGAAGCGCAAGUCACCGGGUAGCCUCGACAGAAAUUCGUUUACCAACGUGAUGUUAGUUAAUUCUAGAUUUUCACCUGCAGCGGAAACGGCUUACGUAGACGAGUAGCGGUAAAACGCCGUCCGCGCCACACGCGACUCGUUCCAUGUUGAGUAACCGUCAGGUUUCUAAAAAGUGCUUUCGACGUAUAUAAGAACACAAACAAGCAUCGCGAGUUUUCGGACGACAGAUUAUUGACAGUGGUUGCUUAAGAAUAGAACGCUCGAAAGGUUUUGGUACUGUCCCUUUAGAAAGUAGGACUUUAUUUUUGUUUCAACGUAACUGAUUUGUGGAUAGUUUAUGACUUCAUAGGUGUAAGAACAGUGUAUAAAAUUGUUACCAGCGACUAUUGGAAGGUGUUGUGAUAAAUAGCUGGUGUUCAGUGUAUGGCGCGAUGAUUAGCGGGGGCUGGGUGUGCGCACUGCACGUGCGCACCGCUGGGCUCAGUGGCGCAGCCCUCGGGUCUGAUGAGGAAGAGGUGGUCUACCUCGCUUAUAUCGUCAUAGAUGUUCACACCAAUCAGAUAAUAGGCGAAAGAGAAUAUGCAGUGAGACCUACGAGGCGGCCCUCCGAGGAACUGCAGACUGGACAACCUUUAGAUGUAGUUGUACAACAGUUCGACGAGUUCGUGCGAUCACUUCAGGUGGACCCACAGUCGCCGCUGUUCAGGCUCGUCACAGACGGACAGACACCACUCAGACAAUGUCUUCACCCGGAGGCGUGCAGUAAGGACAUCAAUUUGCCGGUAUACUACGCGCGCUUCCACGAUCUGCGUAAGGAGUAUGUGCGAGCAUACACACUGCGCGCAGUCACACCCCCACGGGCGCAGGCGCCGCCACCACCCCCGCCCCCGGACCACCCCGGCUCAUUAACGGAUAUGUUAAAUUAUUUAGGUAUAACACCGUACAGCGGUGAGAAUUUCUACGCGGCAGAAGUGAAAGACAUGGCCAGUAUCAUACAAAGGAUAUACACAGAUGGUUUCCGGUUAGAGUUACCAGAAAAUGUGGACUUAGUUUUAGAAACUGGAAUUUGCUCAAAAGACGAUGAGAUUGAUAAUAAUUGCAUAGUGCGCGCCCGCGGCCUCCCCUGGCAAUCCAGCGACCAGGAUAUUGCUAAGUUCUUCCGGGGUCUCAAUGUGGCCAAGGGUGGAGUAGCUCUAUGCCUCUCGCCUCAAGGUAGACGCAACGGCGAGGCAUUAGUUCGGUUCAUAUCUCAAGAGCACAGGGACAUGGCUCUCAAAAGACAUAAGCACCACAUCGGCCCGAGGUACAUUGAGGUGUACCGGGCAAAUGGAGAGGACUUCCUAUCAGUCGCUGGCGGUGCAACGUGUGAAGCGGCGGCUUUCCUAACGCGGGGUGCGCAGGUCAUAGUUCGGAUGCGGGGUCUGCCAUAUGAUGCUACACCUCAACAAGUUCUGGAAUUCUUCUCGACCGGCGACGAUCCAGUUCAAGUGCUAGACGGUGCGGACGGGGUGCUCUUUGUAAGAAGAUCAGAUGGUCGUGCAACCGGGGAUGCGUUUGUUCUAUUUGCAAAGGAAGAUGACGCGCCAAAGGCUCUCUCUAGGCACCGGAAGUUAAUCGGCUCAAGAUAUAUUGAGCUGUUCCGGUCUACCACAGCAGAAGUACAACAGGUCCUGAACCGAUCGCUGGAGACACGUUCCAGUACGGCGAGUACUCCAACAGCAGCCCCGGCUCCCUCCGAGGGUCUGCUACCCGUGCUGGUGCCCCAACAUGUGAUCACAUCGGGGACAGCCAAGGAUUGCGUGAGAUUGCGAGGAUUGCCAUACGAAGCGCAGGUGGAACACAUACUAACUUUCCUGGACGAAUUUGCCAAAAACAUAGUGGUACAAGGUGUACAUAUGGUUUAUAAUGCUCAAGGUCACCCCAGUGGAGAAGCAUUUAUACAAAUGGACAGCGAAGCCAGCGCGUUUCUGUGUGCGCAGCAAAAGCAUCAUCGGUACAUGACUUUCGGCAAGAAGCAACGGUACAUCGAGGUGUUCCAGUGCUCGGGCGACGACAUGAACCUGGUGCUGACGGGCGGCGUGACGCCGGCCACGUCCCCCAAGGUGCUCUCCCCCGGUCCGUUGACGUAUUAUUACCCGCCUAUGGGACCAACCCUGCCGCCGCCCCCGCUUGUGUACUGGGGGUAUCCGACACCACCCGUGUCCCCGGCGCAUUACUACCACCAACCUCAUCACCCCCAGACGAUGAUGUCGGAAGUAGUGUCUGUAGGUGCCGGCUCGCCCCUGCCCAUCCCUCCCCCGACCGCUUGCCCAGAAUGGCCUAUUUUUAUAGUAAACUAAUAUUUAUUUACCUAAACACAAUUAAUAUAUGUACCUACUGGGUUAAAGUUGGCGGUUGUAUUUAAAAAUAUCGUUAUCUUUUGAAGUAAAUAUUAAAAUGUUAAUUUUAUUUUAUAUCUCUAUAUUUCACUUUUAUUUAUAUUAGUGUUAGUUAUCAAAGAAUAUAUGAAAAUUACUCUAGUUUCUUAGCUAAAUCUAUUUCUAUUUAAUUGUCUAAUAUAUCGUAAUAAAUCUUAUUCUUUUCUUAAUUUAUUUAUUAUAUUUAAUUGUCUAAUUUAUUAUUAUUAUUUAGACGAAUUAUUUCCGCCAACUUAUAACUCACAAAAUUAAUUAUAAUAUUAAAAUAUAUUAGUGUAUAACCAUUUAAAAAAACAAAUAAAUGGCUCAAAAAGAUAGUGAUAUUAUAAGAUAUAAUAACAUUGUAUCUGAAUAGACUUUAUUAUUAAAUUAUAUAAAAUAAUAUUUAUUAAUUAGGUUUUAUUUAAUAGAAACUGAGAAAUAUUAUUCAGCUUGCUGUGUAAGAAGCGCUUUUACAACUAAGCAAUAAAAUACAUUAAUAUAAAUAUUGUUGAUAUUUCAUAUAGUUUGAAUUUGUUUACAAUAAAUUGUAUUGGAUUUGUUUACAUUUUUAUGACUUUGACAAACUUUGUUUAUUAUUAUAAACAUCAUUAGUUUAAAUAUUUUUUUAUAUUGUAUACUAUUUAGAUGUGUUAGAAUUAGAGAUAUUUCUAUUUCUAUUCCGAAUUAAUUGUAUCAGAAUUAUAAAUAUUUUAUGAGUAGCAACACUGACAAUUUAUUAUAUUUUUCUAUUUAUUAAAAAAAUACAUUAGGCACGAUUGUCAAGAGGUAUUAUGUAUACUAGAGGACACAUUUAUGUCCUAUAAUAACAGCAAUAAAUUGCGGCGUCAGAACUGCAAUUUGUUAUGUGAAAAAUAGUAUUAUUUUUUGUCAUAUAUGAAUACAUAAUACCUAAAUGAGCAUGGUCAAUCAAAUGAACGGUAACAUGGUCUGUCUCACUGGGACGGUACUACUGCAAAAUCAUGAGUCUAUUUCGCUAUUUAAUCAUAUCUCAGAUUUCAGAUCAGAACCGAAUGUAUUUAAACACAGUGAUAUAUAGGUGCUGUUUGUUAAUUAAUUUUGUAGAAAUUGAACCAAAAAUGAUAAUUAUAUUAACAAGUUAUGCUUUGUCACUUAUUGCCUAGUUAAUACAUAAGAGAACGCUCAAUUAGUUGUUAAAUGUAGAACAUAAAAUUGUUUUAACAUUAAAGUAUGACUAUGCCAUAAUGUGUAAGGAUGCCGCAGGAGUGCAAUGUUACUGAAUGAUAAUAAUUUUAUUUGCUCAUUAAUGUAAUUAUAAACAUCUCGCUGACUGUAAAUAAGGCCAAAUGAUUGAUAGAGGUCAGUAGUAAAUUGUUGAUAUGAAUAUAAACUUAAUUAGAGUCAUUCAGCGUUUGGUUUAGAGAAUGCUACGGCUCAAUAUAGAAUUAUAAAUAAUAAUAUUAUUUUUUUAUAUUUUUUUAUAUAUUUAUCAUAAUUAUAGUAGACAAAACGAUGCGAACGCAAUGAUGACCAAUGUCAACGAUAAAACAACAGGGUAUUUUUAUAAUUAAUAUGUACUGCCUACUAUUAAAGUUGCUUUUACAUUGAAAUUAUUACAGCUACAAUUUUUCAAAUAAUUAAAUUGUAAUACAUCUUGCUCUAUUUUUAUAAAAUUCGCAAAGAACUUGGGCAUAUUUCCCCUGAACGUUGACAUGUAACACAAUACUAAAUAACAUAAUUUUUAAACUAUCAUUUUGCCUUCGCUGUCGAAGUUAUCUCCUUAAAAUAUAUGAAUUCUGUUCAACACAGUAUUCCCCUUCGUUUAGUCGAGCGCUCGUUACUCUAUUGCGCAAUACACGUAACAUAUUCUUAGCGUGUACUCUAAUGGAAUAUUAGUACAUAAUACAUCAAUGAGUAGAGAGGGUGCUAUCUACAAAUUUUGUAGUUUAACAAUUUACCUAUCGAAAUAUUAACCCUAGGAAUCUUCUGCAAUCUAUAGGGUUCCGUUCGUAUAAUUUGAUGUAAAUAUUAAUGGGUAUAUUUAUUAUGGAUAUUCUUGAUUCCUAUGAACAUGCCCUACAGCUUUUACAGGUAUAGACAUUUACUUAGUGUUAAUUAAAAAUAUCUAUCAGUUGCUCUUCGUUUUCUACUUAUAUUUUGUUUUAUAUUUUUUUAUAGUUAAGUUUUUAUUUUAUAAUUUUUAUUUCAUAAUACUUUAGCUAUUAAGUACGAUGAAACAACAAAAUCAAAUGUCUUCCAUAUGACUGUAAUAUAAAAUUGUUUUAAAGUAAGUUUAACGUCACAAUUACUCGUGAUUGGACUUGAAAAUAGUAAUAUUACGAUAUUAUAGAUGUAUAAUGAUAUACUUAUUAUAAAUAGAAAGUUAUUUCCUAUUGAAUUAAAAUUUAUUUAUGCUUUUAGGUCGACAUGCUACGUUUUGUCUAUAUCUUUUUAUAACUUUUAAUCUAAUCUUUGCUUCUAGUGGUAGGUAUAAAUAAGUAUUUACUACC